AUGUACGGAAUCAUUGUCACGCCGGUUGUCACCACAUAUCGAAAUUUCCACGCCUGGAAUCCCCACGCCGACAACAUGGAGACCCCGCGGCCCACACCAUCUCAAUCGCAAGUUCUGAAGAAUGGUUCUGCUGCAGAUUCGGGCUACAGAAGCUCACCAAGAAGCCCUAGUGCUCUGUCAGCCCAAGCAGCAGCGCCCACCCCGAAUAGCUCCGCUUCGAAGAUGCCUCAAGAACCACGUCUUGUAUCAAAAGCAACCUCUCUUGCUUCUCAUACAAUUCACGGUAUGCACAUAUUCCAACGGACGCUAAGCGAAGAGAUACAGAGCCGUUUUGAGGACGUCAUGAAGCGCCUUUCUGGCCCUUUAGCUGCCUAUCUGCGCAGAAGUCGACAUGAGCAUCGACCCAUGGCUAUUCGGCUGAUGUUUCUGGGACACGACGAGAGCUCAGCUCGGCCUUGGAUCGUCGUGCUGUGUCCAGAGCUUGUUAGAAAGAGAGCGGGGAAGUUCUUUAAGCAAGACAUGGCUCAACGUCUAUGCCAAUCUGACGAACCCGGCUGUGAAAGCUUCCAGGUGGUGGUGGUCGGUCAAGGGCCUCGAGCUGGGGGUAGCAUAAUUAUCCAAAACAACCAAAACAACGAAAAACGCGUAAACGACAAAACCGACAAAACCGACAAACUCGACGAACCCGACGAAACCAACAAGACCAACAAGGCCACCGAGACCGAGACCACCGAGACCACCGCGACUGAUAAGACUAUCGCGACUAAUGAGACCACCGACACUCUUGUGGCAUAUGGUCCUGCUGUUCAACAGCUUGCGGUCAUGUUCCGAGAGUCGGACAUCUUACAGCCGCUGUACGGUACUGCCAUAGCCCAUCUCGGACUGAACGCCUUCGAAAAGCUUUAUUGUAAGCUUUUGAAACGCUUUGCAGAGGAUAUCUCACACGAGGAGCUGCCACAUCACGGCGAAGAAGAACGUGCUAUCGCAGUUCUGAAAUUGCAAUCGACCCGUUACUUCAUAGCACGAGAAGUGACGACUGCAUCGGAUGGCGAUAAGGGUGCUGGCACUUUCCAGUGGUUAAAGGCCAACUCACAUGUUUCAUCAUUUGUGGAAACAGUCGGUGGUUGGGAUCUACCCUUAGACGGAGGAAGUUUUCGGCACGGCCAUCUCAGUAGUGACCAGUCUGAACAUUUUGAUGAAGAACGGUACGAACACACUGAUAGUGAAGCCGACUCUCAAGUAGACGAUGGUGACGAGCUGGAGCGGGUAAACGUCACCGCAGUCAUGUCUAAUCUUGCUGAUCUCGAACGCGUGCAACGCUGUCUGCACGAGUCCAAGGCUUUCCAAGGAUUGGCCCUAUGCUUGAGUCUAUCAGCCUUGCCGAAGACACUGAAACAGAUACUGGAAACUACUCCGACAUCUUCGAUUCAAUUGCGCGGGAACGAUAAGUCUUUGUCGAACACGAUCAAAGCCUACAUCGAAGACCGAUCCAAGAUCGGUUGGGACUGGUGGCCUCUUCAGCCACGAAUUCCUAAUGUCAUGGAGGAUUGCCAACGCUUACUUGGAUGGGAAGUUAGUACAAGUUUGUCGUCCCCCUAUCCACAGUACUAA